UCAUUUCCUCCGCUAAUUCUUUCAUAGUUUUGGAACUCCAUAUUUCCAUAAAUUAAGUGCUCAACUUCCGAAUCUUUUGUAAGAGAAGGACGAAGAAAGAUACAAAAUAAAUAGUCCCACAAGAAACAAAACAAGAUAGCAAAAAAGGGUGAGGAAGCAGAAGAAACGAAACACCAUCCUUCUUCUCUUUUGUUUCUCUACUUCUCUCCCGGCUCUGUUGUUUAAGAAAGAUCAAUCAUUUGUGUCUUCUUGAUCUUGCCAAAAAAACACAUUUGAAGAAGGAAAAAUGGGUGACGCGUGCAAAUUUGCUCUACAUGCAGUAGAUGGGAGAUGGUUCUCUGUUUUUGCCUCCUUUUUGAUCAUGGCUGGAGCUGGUGCUACAUAUCUCUUUGGCACCUACUCCAAAGAUAUUAAAUCCACUCUUGGUUAUGACCAAACCACUCUCAAUCUUUUAGGAUUCUUUAAGGAUCUCGGUGCUAAUGUCGGGGUCCUUUCUGGACUUCUAGCUGAAGUUACACCAACAUGGUUUGUGCUUGUGGUUGGUUCUGCCAUGAACUUUGCAGGGUACUUCAUGAUUUGGAUGUCUGUGACUCAGAGGAUAGCCAAGCCUGCUGUUUGGCAGAUGUGUUUGUAUAUUUGUAUAGGUGCCAAUUCCCAGAACUUUGCAAACACAGGAGCUCUUGUCACUUGUGUCAAGAACUUCCCUGAAAGUAGAGGGGUGAUGCUGGGUAUGUUGAAGGGUUUUGUGGGGUUAAGUGGAGCUAUCUUUACACAAUUUUACUUGGCCAUCUAUGGAACUGAUUCGAAGUCUCUCAUUCUUCUCAUUGGGUGGCUCCCUGCUGCUCUGUCUGUGAUUUUUGCUUACACAGUUCGGGAAAGGAAGCCAGAGAGGCAACCUAAUGAGCUCAAGGUGUUUUACCAGUUUCUCAUUGUGUCAAUUAUUCUAGCUUUGUUUCUCAUGGCUAUGAACAUAGUUGAAAAACUUGUUGAUUUCUCUAAAGCAGCCUAUGCUGGAAGUGCUACUGUAGUUUGUGUUAUGCUUUUUAUACCUCUCAUUAUUUCCAUCAAAGAGGAUUGGAUCCAAUGGAACCUCAAGCAUCAAGAAGGAAUGAAACCUGCUACAGAGGCAACCGCUGAGAAGAAACUAGAUAUUACACCGGAGGUGAAGUCCGAAAUCUCAAAAGAGCAAGAGGAGAAGGUUCAAAAAUCUUGUUUCCUUACCAUAUGCAACAAGCCACCGAGAGGUGAAGACUACACAAUCUUACAAGCACUUUUGAGCAUCGAUAUGCUUAUCUUAUUUGCUGCAACAUUUUGUGGCCUUGGUGCAAGCUUAACAGCAGUGGACAACUUGGGCCAAAUUGGUGAAUCGCUAGGAUAUCCAACUAAAACUAUCAAAUCCUUUGUUUCACUAGUGAGCAUAUGGAAUUUUUUUGGAAGGGUCUUUGCUGGAUUUGUUUCUGAAAGCUUACUAGUGAAGUACAAGAUGCCUCGUCCAUUGAUGAUGACAUUUGUUCUCCUCUUGGCAUGCGUAGGCUACCUCCUCAUUGCCUUCCCCUUCUCAGGUUCAGUCUAUGUAGCAUCAGUGAUUACGGGGUUUUCAUUCGGUGCACAAUUGCCAUUGCUAUUCGCUAUAAUCUCCGAGCUCUUUGGACUCAAGUACUACUCUACACUGUUCAAUUGUGGACAAUUAGCAAGUCCUCUUGGCUCAUAUAUACUUAACGUCAAGGUCACUGGGUUGUUAUAUGACAGAGAAGCAGUGAAAGAGCUAGCAAAGAAGGGCCUGGAUAGAUCAGCGGUAAAGGAAUUAGUCUGCAUUGGGGUCCAGUGUUUCAGGCUACCAUUCAUAGUUUUGUCUGCUGUGACAUUUUCUGGUGCUCUUAUUUCUCUGAUUCUGGUGAUGAGGACAAGGAAGUUUUACAGCAGUGAUAUAUACAAAAAGUUCAGAGAGAUUCAUGGAGUGAAAUGAGAACAUGACACAAAUGAAAUUGAGGGGAGAUGUAAACCUAGCGAGGCCUGACUGGGUGUCAAAGGCAACUAGAUGUCUUGACAUGCCUUCCAAUUGAGUAAAUCACCCCUCUACCGCCGUUCGGAGUGGUUUGUCUACGUGGUUAACAUUGAGUUUCAACCAUUGAAACGUGAUUUCAAUCGCUUAGCAAAGCAUAUAUUUUAAAAAAAAAACUCUUGAAAGAUGAUAUUUCAACUGUGAUUAAGACACAUGAUUUGAUAGAAACAAGAAUGAUCUCAAGAAGGUUAUGUAUGUAGUUGCCAAAUUGAUUGUAUUAGCUUUUUUUUUUUUUUUUUUUUUUUUUGUAAAUUCUCAUGUACAUGUUCUCGUAAAAAAUUAAAUGAAGUUUAGUUUUUUUAUUUGCUUUAUAGAAGUUUAAAAUAA